CUCCCAAUAUAAAUGCAGGAGGUGGGGGAUAUUGUACCUGAGGACAUGCAUGAAGUUCCAAAUUCAGAUGGUAUGAAACCACAUGAACUAUUUACUAAGAAUCACGAGAAACUAAAAGAGGAGGCAGAAGUAUCAAUGAAAGGGACAGCAACUUCUUGUACAGUUGUAGGUGCUCUCAUUGUUACCAUUAUGUUCGCUGCAGCAUUUACAGUUCCUGGUGGAAACAAUGGUAGUACAGGUUACCCAAUGUUUCUAGCUGAGAAGUUGUUUCUUGUGUUCAUAAUUUCAGAUACUCUAUCACUCGUUUCUUCCACAACUUCAGUCAUAUUAUUUUUAGGAAUUCUCACAUCACGUUAUGCAGAAGAUGAUUUUCUCAAGAAUUUGCCAACAAAGAUGAUGAUAGGCCUUUUCACCCUUUUUCUCUCUAUUGCCACCAUGAUGAUUGCCUUUUCUUCUGCCCUCAUCAUUAUGCUUAAUGAAGAAUACUCAUGGGCCAUUGUUCCUUGCAUUUUUGUUGCGAGUAUUCCAGUUGCCUCAUUUAUAUGGUUGCAAUUUCCCCUCCUUAUUGAGAUAUUCUGGUCAACUUAUGGACCAGGAAUAUUUGACAAGAAAGCCAAACCAUGGAUUAAACUCUGAUGCUCAUCUUUGGUUUUGCUUAAGUGAAGAAGGUGCGGCACAUCCUUAUGAGUAUGACUUAUGUAAACAAAAUAACUUUGCUCGAUCAUUUGAUAGUAGAAAGAUAAGAGGCUUCAAAUGUAGUAUAUGAUUGUGGAUCCUAUGUAAAUUCUUUUGAAUUUCUGAUUAUUUCAGUUUACAUUUCAAAUCAAAUUUCAUUGGUAAAUAAAAUGACUAAAAGAGACAUCUAUAUUAGAAG